AUGAGGGACCUAGUACAUACUGUUAUAGAGACGACUAAAAAGCGGUACGAUGAAUAUCAAAGGAAAGGGCUGAAGAUCAAAAGGCCGAACAUAGAAGAUGUCAACGUUCGAGAUUCUGCUCUCAACAUAGUCAGCGCCACGUUAUCCUUCCAAGAUAUUAUCGGUGCUGCUGUUUGCUGUGACCCCACUGGGUAUGCAGGGAAAGUGUGGGGCAUUAUAUCAGUGGGAUUAACGGACCUACAAGCUUCAAUCUUCCAAGCAUCAGGGCUCCUCACGGAUGUGUUGAGUCGGUGUGCUUUCAUUGAGAUCCAUUGCCUAACGAGUAACACCACUGAUCCUGAGACAAAAGACAUGCUACGCAACGCCAUAGUUCGUGUUUAUUUUGCUGUAUUGCAAUACUCAUCUAGCGUUGUUUCGAUUCAGCACUCGGGUGCUGGACGGCAGUUUCGCCUUAGCGUUAUAGCUUUGGCUGACCAGCCCUUGACGGCGCUUAAAACCGCCAUUGGAGAAGAGGAGAAGCACUUGGAAAGAUGGGUUCAGUUUGAUCAACAAUUGCUUUGGAAACAAAAAGCGGAGCAAACGCUUGCUCAGAUUGACGACGUGUUGAGCGGUAUUCAAGACCUUAGCCGGGAGAUGGAACUCUGCAAAUUAACCAUCGCUGAAGGAGCUGCAUUUGACUCAUACAUGAACCAGCAUGAAGUAGAGUGUCUCCCAGGCACUAGGACAGACCUUCUUAAGCAGGUGACGGACUGGUCACUUUCAACUCAAGGAGAAUGCAUCUUUUGGUUGAGUGGGAUGGCAGGAACAGGAAAGUCAACUGUUUCUCGUACCGUUUGUAAGUUACUACAAGAGCAGGGACUUUUGGGGGCUAGCUUCUUUUUCAAGAGAGGAAAGUCGGAUUGCGGAAGGGCAGAAAAGUUCUUCGCAACUAUAGUUCGGCAAAUAAUUAUCCAAGAACCUCGUCUUAUACCAAGCAUUCGAAGAGCAAUUCAGAGAGAUCCUUCUAUAUCGACAAAAUCUCUUGGAGAGCAAUUUAACAAGCUGCUACUUGAACCCUUAUUGGCAGUGAAAGAGGACCCUGCGGGAAUCUCCGUUUUAGCUAUUGUGGUUGACGCACUAGAUGAAUGCGACCCAGAAAAUGAUAUCGGGCUUCUACUUCGUCUUCUCCCUAGGAUCUCAACUCAAAGUCCGAUCCGCCUUCGCGUGUUUCUCACUAGUCGCCCCGAAAUUCCAAUCCGAGAGGGAUUCGAUAACGUUUCGGAAAACGACCAUCGAAGCAUUGGUCUCCAUGGCGUUGUGGAAUCUUCCAUCAGGCAUGACAUACUUUUGUUCAUGAAUGAUAGAUUUGAAGAGAUGAGGCAGAAGUUUUCGCUUCCUCAAGGAUGGCCAGGAGAAAGUACAAUACGGGAUUUGGUCAACAUCGCUACUCCAUUAUUUAUUGCUGCUGCUACCAUGUGCCGCUUUAUUGCAGAUCGGAGGUGGAACCCAGAACAGCGCCUAGCUCUUGUUCUCGGCUCAGGGAGUACUAAGAAUGCGCCCAAAAGUUAUAUCUCGAAGCUGGAACACACAUACCUUCCCGUAUUUGAGCAAAUCCUCCAUAGUAGGGAUGACGACGACGAUGAAGACGAGAAAGAGCAGCUGGUUCAAGAAUAUCGAGUGAUUGUGGGGACGAUCAUCAUUCUUGCGAAUCCACUCGGACUCACGUCCUUGGCAAAGCUUUUGAAUAUGCCGAGUAACGAUGUGAGCCGUAGACUAGAUUUUCUUCAUUCAGUCCUAAGUAUCCCUGACGACGAGGAUACGCCCAUACAGCUUUUCCACCAGUCAUUUCGGGAUUUUCUCCUUCAUCCAAAAGUCCGUACGAAGACCAAGUUCUGGAUUGAUGAGGAGCAUAUACAUAGGGAAACCUUAUUUAGAUGCAUCGAGGUGAUGACCCGAGAGAAUGGUGGAUUGUCAAAGAACAUUUGUCAAUUAUCGAGUGAUGCGACGCUGCGAAGUGAUAUAAAUGAUGAGGUUAUUCGAGACCAUUUUUCGGCGGAGCUACGAUAUUCGUGCCAUUACUGGAGUUAUCACCUACAGCAGGGAAGAUAUCAGAUUACUGAUCAUGACGAGAUCCACAAAUUUGUCCAAAAGCAUCUUCUUCACUGGCUGGAAGCCAUGAGUGUUUUGGGACUGGCACCCGAGAUUGUGAGAGGUAUCAGAACAUUACAGUCAGCAGUGCAACCUCACUCCGGGCGCAUAGUGUCGAAAUUCCUUCAUGAUGCACACCGGUUUAUCUUGAAGAAUUCUUGGGUUGCUAACAAUGCGCCUCUUCAGCUCUACGCUGCCGCCCUGGCAUUUGCCCCAGCAAACUCAGUUGUGCGGGAUAUCUUUCAAAGCGAGAUACCUAGGUGCUUUAUAAAGCUGCCUAGUGUGGAAGAGAACUGGAACGCAGAGCUACUGAGCCUCGACAUUAAGGAUGUGAAUGCAGUGGCAUUCUCUCCAGACAGUAGACUAAUCGCCUCUGCCUCUAUGAGUAAACAGGUCAAAUUGUGGGACUCAGUUACGGGGCUAUUGCUUCAUACCCUGGACCAGGUCUUCUACACCGGUGGUCUGACAUUCUCACCAAAUGGUGCUCAUGUUGCAUGUAGCUCUUGGGAUGAUACAAUCCAAGAUGACACUGUCCAGUUGUGGGAUAUAGAUACAGGAGCUCUUUACAAGUCCUUCCCGCAACCUACCUCUCCAGUGGUCAACCUAACAUUCUCACCGGAUAAUAAGCUACUGGUCUUAGCAACCUCUGAGGAUACAAUCGAUAUAUGCGAUCUCGCCAGUGAAAGGGUAAUCCGAACCCUGGAAGGCCAUUCCGAUAGAGUGAACGCACUGGCGAUAUCCUCAGACAGCAAACUAAUAGCAUCUGGAUCAAAUGAUAAUUCGGUAAGGAUUUGGAAGAUCGACACAGGAGCUUUACUGCAGACGUUGGAACACAGCGGGCCUAUCAGAUCGCUCUCCCCCAAUCGCAAGCUCCUUGGCUCAGUCUCUUCUGAUCAUAAGGUUCUACUCUGGGAUGCUACUACAGGCAGCCUGCUUCAUACGUUCGAGGGCUAUUCAAGGAAAUCUGGGACAUUUUCUUUCUCGCCUGAUAGCAAAUUGGUGGCGUUUCGCCCGCAGUCGGACAGCACAUGUGUUCAACUAUGGGACGUGGAGACAGCUCAACUAUAUCGCACGCUUGAGGACCACUUGGAUUCAAUUGAUCGAGUAAUGUUUUCUCCCAACUGUCAACAGUUGGCUUCAAUCGAAGAAGGUGGCACAAUCACUAUAUGGAAUAUUCAAACCGGGGAACGAAUGUUCAGCCUGGAGUCGCGUGGAAGUUGGGUGUGUGUGGCAUUUUCACGAAGUGGAGCGAAAUUAGCCACAGGCUCCUACGAUACAGUACGAGUGUGGGAUGCUAAUACAGGCGUGCUACAACUAGAACUAAAAGAGCAUAAAACAAUAGUCACGGCAGUCGCAUUUUUACCGGAUGAAAAACUCAUAUCCUCCGGGUCCAAUGAUGGCAAACUCUGUUUUUGGGAUUUGAGCAAAGGCGAAUUAAGUCAAACUCUUCACAGCUCUGGAGCUAUCAACCAGAUAGUGUUCUCAGCAGAUGGGAGACUUAUGGCAUCUGGAACUCUUUCUCAGACCUUCCGUCUGUGGGAUAGAGAAACGGGACACUCCAUCUAUGCUUCCGACUAUCAUGCGUCUCAUUAUCGGGACGGGAUAGCCAAUUUACGCUUUUCGAGCGAUAACACAUACUUGGAAGCAGACUUUGGAAGAUUGCGUAUCCCUUGCAAUGAGAAGAACAAUUCCAUAUCUACGCGGCGGCCGAAUAUCAUACUGGGGGAGCAAUGGUUGCACAUCGGGGAGGAAAGAGUUCUUUGGCUGCCAGUCGAGUACCGACCCAAAACAUCGGCAUACUACGACGGUACGUUCGCCAUUGGAAGUGAAUCCGGCCUGGUGUCAUUCAUCAGUGUCGAUAUGAGUGUAGAUGCAAAUGGCCAUUCUUGA